GGAUACAACUGUAACUGACAAGUUAACUGCUUUGUGAAGCCAUGGUGCUUGCAAAGACCUGACAGCGAAGCAUAAUGUGGUCUCCCUAGCCAAUAAGUACAAAGAUGGCUCAAUCAGUUAAUGUUUAUCUGAUGGCCAGCCCGGAAUCCCACAUUCUUCCUCUGUUAUUGUCUCAUGAAAAGUAACCAUGUAAAAACAAAUAAUUUCAGGUGUUUUUAUUCAUUUAUUAAACAUAUUUAUACAGCUGCCCAACUCACACAUGGUGACUUUUCAUAGAGGCAAUCUGCCAAGCCACCUAUUCUGCCCUGAAUUUGGAGCCCUUUUGGUACCGGUUUCACUCACAGGAAUAAGAUGGUGAGAGGUGAGUUACUGGACAUUAAAAUCAUCCAAUAGUGCAGUUCUGUUGUUUUGGAGGCAGUAUGCGCAAUUGUUGCAGCCUCAGCCAAAAAUCCAGACUGCAGCAGCGUAGAGAUCACCUAUUUACCUGUUGCUUAGAUUAUUUCAAAGGUUGCUUAAUACAGGUUAGGCGCUAACCACUAAGAGGUGCUGUGUCAGCUCUUUUGCUUUAUACAUUAAAAUCAAUCUGUGGACCUCAGGGACCCUAGUUCAGAAAAGAAAAAAGGUGCAUUAGCAAGACCAAAGGAAAGCUACAUCCGAUAUUUUUUCCUGUGAUGUAUAUACCACAAUAUUCAACCUCACAUUGUAUAUUGAGCUGAACUAGAGGCACAGCUGAAUUAGAAGGGGAGAAAAAGUGUUGCUCCCUAGCCUGCAGCAGACAGCGCAACAGCGCAUACUUAUAACCUGCAACCCUAAUGCAGCAGUACAGCGCAGUCUAUCUGUGCUGCUAUGGAUUCCAGCGCUUGAAACGGCCAAAAACCGAACCGCAAGGAGGGGGUUAGAUACCAGGAAGCCCCGCCGGUGAAAGAAGUCGGGUUUGAAGUGGUAUGUGAAAAGGUAGUCCCGAAGGUUGGGGGCCAAACCCCCGCCCCCACCCCAGCUUCUUCUCCGCGCCGACCGGCGAGUGACCCAUUUCUCUCACUAGGUGGCGCCGCCAUCUCCAACGAGGCUCUUUUUAUUUUCUUUCCACAGAGCUGCCCGGCGCCGAGACCAUCCCGAAGCCGCUGGAAAUCGGCUCCCGCUGCAGCAAGACGCGGAGGCCAGCGCAGGCUAGCGCUUCCCCUCCCCCGGAUCUGCGAAGUCGAGGAAAGAGAGGCUGCUGUUUGCCGCCGCUGAAAUGCAACGCGGAGAGGAGCGCGGUUGGCUCGGGACUCCCUCCGCCUCGGCUGCUUUUUUUCUCCUCUCGUGCUGCGCCUGGGCUUUAAUUCUACAUGUUGCUGCUGAAAAUGGAAAAGAUUGGAUUGAACUUCUGUCAGAGAUGCCAGGAAAAUAUGAGCAUUCAAGCCAACUAAGCAAAGAGCUAAGGGAAAUAGUAUUUGUCAUCCAGAGUCAGAAGAAUUCUUAUCAUUUGAAAAAAGCAGAUGAUCUUAAACAAAGUAUUUUAAAACAGGCGGCCUCUUUGGGAAAGGAAAUGCCUAUCGUUCUGCUUACUCAUCAGCUGGACAGACAUGAAGGGACAUGGACUAUUUUACCAUUAAUGCAUGAGUUUUCUGUUUCAUAUGGCAAAAACACCUCAUGGAUUUUUUUCUGUGAAGAGGAUACAAGAAUACAGAUUGUAAAACUACUGAAAACGCUUAGUAGAUAUGACAAAUCUAAGGAAUUUUUUUUAGGUAAAGCAUUACAUGAUGAUGAAUCUACAAUUAUCCACCAUUAUGCCUUUGCAGAAAACCCUAAAGUUUUCAAAUUUCCAGAUUUUGCUGCUGGCUGGGCACUUAGUAUUCCACUUGUAAAAAAGCUUGCAAGGAGACUGAAGAAUGAACCUUUAAAGUCAGAUUUUACAAUAGAUUUAAAACAUGAGAUUGCAUUAUAUAUCUGGGAGAAAGGGAAUGGACCACAACUCACACCAGUGCCUGAAUUCUGUACAGAAGACUUCAACUCUCCUAAUGGUGUUACCUGUGCCACUACAUUCACCAAUUUCUUCCCACAAUGUGGUGAUCCUGUGAAGAAAACAGAUAUCUUUAUUGCUGUAAAAACAUGCAGGAAAUUCCAUGGAGACAGAAUACCUAUUGUGAAGCAAACCUGGGAAGGAGAAGCCACUUUCAUUGAAUACUACAGUGAUUAUGCAGAAAGUUCAAUACCUACUGUUGACAUAGGCAUACCAAAUACUGAAAGAGGUCAUUGUGGAAAGACUUUUGCCAUUUUGGAAAGAUUUUUAAAUCAUAGUCCUGCUAAAAUGCCUUGGUUAGUCAUUGUAGAUGAUGAUACCUUGAUAAGCAUCUCUAGGCUCCAGAAAUUACUCAGUUGCUAUGAUUCAAGUGAGCCAGUGGUUCUCGGGGAACGCUAUGGCUAUGGUUUAGGAUCAGGAGGCUAUAGUUACAUUACUGGUGGAGGAGGGAUGGUCUUCAAUAGAGAAGCAAUCCAAAAACUGUUUGCUAGUAAAUGCAGGUGCUACAGCAAUGAUGCCCCUGAUGAUAUGGUAAUUGGAAUGUGUUUCAGUGGUUUAGGAAUUCCAGUUACACACAGCCCUCUCUUCCAUCAGGCUCGUCCAAUGGAUUACCCGAAGGACUUCCUAUCCCAUCAAGUUCCAAUAUCAUUUCAUAAACACUGGAAUGUUGAUCCAGUAAAGAUUUAUUUCACAUGGUUGGCUCCAAAAGUACAAGAUUUGGAAUAUGGAAGCAAACAUGUCAGAGAGGAUUUAUAAUCUGUCAAAGUAUUUAAAUAUUGCUAUGGUCUUAAUAUUUAGAAUGUAGAUAAAAUUUUAUUGCUCUAUUUAUAAUUAUUUGUUGCCCAUAUUGUGCAAGACAAUAUGGACACAAUCCAGUACCACUUUUUGGCACAGUAUGCUGCUUUCUUCCUUUUGGACCACUAUAAUUUGUAUCCCAUAAUUAGAACCACUGUUUAGGAAUAUAGUGUCUGUGCACAAGGCAUUUAACCUCUCCACUGCCACUUUGUGCAUUACUUUGUGUAGGUACUAAUGAAGGAUGGUUUGGAAACAAGUUUAAAUUAAACCUUGUGAGUGUACAUCUCACAGGAUCCACAGUUAUUACUAGACCAUGCUCUGAAUAUUGCUGCUCUAAAUCAAAUGGAUGCAAACUUUUAUUUGUGCAUUUAUUCCUUCUUUUUAAUUGGCCUUAAAGUUUUAAAAUUAAUGCUUCUGUCCUAGAAUUUUGUAAUCAUUACAACCUUUAAGAUGCUUUUGCCAGUUCAUCAACAAGUUUUUUUCUUUGUUCCCUCUAGUUCUUUUCCUUCCCAAAGAAAAGAAUACAUUUUGAAGGAAAGAAAAUACAAUACCUCCUCCACAUACACAUUUUAUUUCAUGUAAUCAUUUUGCAAUUAUUUAAAAUAGGAACAGCAGGAUAGGAUAAAAUGCCCAGAAUCAGAGUAAAAAGUAUUACCCUCAUUUUGUUUCUUCAUCUAGCAAGUUUUCAGUGCUGUGUGACAAUAGCACGGCAUUCCGUUUCCCAUAAGAACUUUAAUUGCUUGGAAUCAAUUCAAGAAGCAGCAGUUACUGGCAAGGAUUGCACAUGCUUCAAAAAUGGUUAGCAAGAAAUGUUUCACCUUCACAGCAGUUCAGCAUUUAUUUUUUUUUGAUACUCAUUAAAACAGCCCCUUUUUUCAAGCUUCUGUGCAGGUCUGUGUCUGCUUUAAGAGCCUUUGUGUUGUGCUUGUCCAAACAUCCAAAGCACUUCUGUUGAAUCAUUUUUUAAAUGCACACAGUGCUACUGUUUCUUCAUUUCCCCCCCUCUUCUAACAGCAUUGAAAUACUAAUGGAACAAACAAACUGAAUGCAGUGAAUCAAAAAGUAAAUUAGGAUCAUUUUGUGAAACAUCUAAUCAUCUCAGACUCCCUUUCUUCUUAAAAAACAUACAAGCAUAAUUUAUUGUAGCCUUUAUUUUAAAAAUUGUAUUUGGUACACUAUCCUAUCCUAACUUUUCUAAUACUGUAAAAUUUCUUCCAACAAAGGCAGUUAAAGAUAUAAAUAAAUCUUUUUUUUUUUUUUAUAAAAAAGUUUUAUUUUUACAAUCUUAUCAAAUAAUUCAUCCAAUGUACAGUUAUAUACAAUUAGUCGGGCCUGCCCAGUCACCACCCCCCUUUUUAACCUUCUUCCCUCUUCUACCUUCUUUUACUUUCCAAACCUUCCUCUCCUUCUCUUAUCUACCUCCUCUCCUCCCUCCACCCUACACUCUUCUCCCUCUUCUACCCCUCUUCCUUCCUCUUCUCCUCUUUCCUACCUCCUACUCUCUCUUUUUUC